AAGGAGGUCAGGGGUUCGAUUCCCCGCUGCCACCCUGCCCCCUAGCAACGUCCCCAUCAUGUUACUCUUGUGUGUCCUUUCACACACGCGAUUUUUUUUCUCACCUUUUUUAAUGCAGUGGUAUCUUCGCGCGUUUAUUACUGUUACUAUUAAUAAAGUAUAAACGUAUGGCCACUUGGGCCCUAUGGCGCGCAGCCAUAUCGCUUGGAUGAUCCAGCGCCGUCUUGUCGAGGGGGAGCGUUGCAGUCACAGGUUUAGGGUUGAGCUCCUCGAGCAAUGCCAGCGCCACGGGGCGCUGGCGGAGGGGCGGCGGGCGCAUUGGAUCAUGGCGCAGGGCGGCGCGCUCGAUCUCGUCCUCGUCAAUCACCUCAUCGCGAUGUAUGGCGGCUGCGGCAGCAUUUCCAGCGCGCGCCAGGUCUUCGAGGAUAUGCAGGUGAGGAAUCUCUUCUCCUGGACGGCGAUCGUCGCGGCGUAUGCCCAGCGGGGGCAUCACGGCACCGCACUGCAGCUCCUGAGGCGAAUGCUGGGCGAGAAUGUGAGGCCCGACGGCGUAACCUUUGUGGUUCUCCUUGGGUCUUGCGGCGGCCCCGAGGCUCUUGGCACGGGAAAGAUCAUCGGGGAAUGCAUCGUCCGAGAAGGAUUCUUGGAGCGGGAUGUUGUUGUGGGAAACGCGCUGCUCUGCAUGUAUGAGCGGUGUGGUGAUACCGGCCAGGCAGUGAGGAUGUUUCAUGCGUUGCCGCUCAAGAACACGGUCAGCUGGACGUCGAUCAUUAGAGCAGUGGCAAAGAACGAUGGAGCCAGAGCGCUGGAGCUCUUCCACGCAAUGCUGGUAGAAGGUAUCAAAGUUGACAAGGUUACAUUCACCACUGUUCUAACGGCGUGUAGUGAUCUUGGCAGCUCGAGAACAUCGUGGGGAUUGAAGCACGUCACCUGGAUUCAUGGCUUGAUCGUAGAAGCGGGCCUGAUAAUGGACGAGAUCGUCGGUGCCACACUCACCAACUUGUAUGGCCGUUGUGGCGAGCUUGAGGUGGCUCGUAAGUUAUUGCUAGAGUUUUUAAACCACCACUCGACUAAUGCUUUUCACUGGACAGGAGCUAUCGAGGCGUUUUCGCAGCGAGGUAGAAAUAGAGAAGCAGCGGCUCUUUUCUGGAGAAUGCAGCUGGAAGGUGUCAAGUGCGACGAGAUAUCGCUCGUUGCCUUCAUUAACGCAUGCUGGGAUUUAAAGUCGUUGAAGCUGGCACACGAGCUCUUGAAAGAGGCUGGUAUGGAGUUUGUCAAUACUAAAUCGGCCAACGUUCUUAUAGUUCUGUAUUCCAGAUGCAACUGCUUGCAAGAGGCCAGGAGGAUUUUCGACAGCAUGGUGAUCCGGGAUAUCGUCUCCUGGAACAGCAUCAUCUCGGCGUAUGUUCUACGCGACGAAACGAAAGAGGCGGUGGAGCUCUUUAGACAGAUGGAUUUGGCACCGAACGCAGUCACGUUUUCGGUUGUCUUGGAUGCCUGUGGUGUGCUGGGGGACUACAAAACGGGCCGGGAGAUUCACGAACAGAUCAUCAACACAGGCGUUAAGAUUGAAGACGAGCCGGAGAUUGGUACCUCACUAGUUAACUUUUAUGGACAAUGCGGGGAGCUUGGCCAAGCCACACAGGUCUUUAGAGCUCUGAGCUCUCGUCGGGAACCGCUUUUGUGGAAGACACUUGCUGGACAGUGCGCUCAGAAUGGCCAUGUCGACAAGUCACUGAAGCUAUUCUGCGAAAUGCAACUGGAAGGUGUCAGGCCGAGCAAAGCUGCUGUUAUCAUUGCCAUCGACUCAUCCCGAAGUCCGAGCCAGGGCAGGAAAAUUCAUGUGCUGGUUGCAGAGAGGAAACUCGAUCAUUACGACGUUGGUGUUGGGAAUUCACUCAUCAACAUGUACGCCAAGUUUGGGCACUUGGAUGAAGCUGCUCUGGUGUUUCGGCUCAUGGAAAAACAAAACGUGGUCUCGUGGAACUCGCUACUGGGAUGUUUUGCUCAGGCCAGUGGUGGAGAUUCGUGCUUCGCGCUGUUCCGGCUCAUGCAGCUCCAAGGCCAGGUACCAAACUCGGUCACUUUCAUUAACGUGCUAAGCUCUUGCAGCCACAGGGGGCUUCUCCAACAGGCUCAAGCUCUCUUCUCGUCCAUGGAACAAGACUUUGGAGUUUCUCCGACUGUCCAGCACUUCGGAUGCGUGGUUGAUCUCCUGGGACGUAAAGGCCGGCUCGACGAAGCCGAAGAGCUGGCGAGCGAGAUGCCGGUGGCGCCGAGUGUGGUGCUGUGGACGGCGUUCCUGGGGGCGUGCACGAAUCACGAAGAUGUGAAGCGUGCCGAGCGAGCUGCCGAUAAAGUUUUGACGAUGGACGAUGAGUGUCACUCGGGCUCCGCUCUAGCAAUGCUCUCCAACGUCCGGUCACGCAGUUUUAACGUCAAGUAAAAGCUUGUUUCAGUAACUCCAGACUAUAUUCGAGCAAUGGAGAUAAUGCAGAACGGUAUCAAGCUAUCAUCAUUGGUGGAAUCGAAGAGGAGAUAAAGAGGUUGCUUGGCGAGAAAGAAGCAAGGAGAGAAAUGGGAAACGAUGCUUCCUUCAGUCGUCGGGGCUCUACUUCCUCGUCUCCAAAGAGGGGAGAUGUCAAGAAGGCAAUUCGGAAAGACGUCGCCCACGCCGUGGCUUCCCUUCUCAAGGGAUCCUGCACUUCAUCACCAAGGUAAAAAGGCAGACAUAUUUCUCUGCUAACUCUUUUUAUCUGAUUUCGAGCUCCAGUUUAGGUACCGAUGACAGUCAGACUUGAUACCCAACUAACUAUCAACUAUCAAGGCUUUGUAUAA